AUGCAGGCCUACCUUCAGUAUCGCCGCAUCGGCCAAGCCGUGCGCAAACAGCUCGAAGAAGAUUAUCCGGAUUUUCUCCGAGCAGAAAAGACCGAUGAUCUGUCCAGGGGGCAUGCUGCGGGCAACAGUGUUGGCUGGAACGCACAGCAGCAGCGGCCUUACGUUCAAUUGCCCGGAGUGCAGCUGAAGGAGGUUAUCGAAAAUGACGGAACCGCCUCGUCCAUUCUCCUUGUCGAAUGGGAACACGAUCAAGAUCCCGUCAACCCCCGCAACUACAGUCUCGCCUCACGAAUCUCAGCGACACUGCUUGUGACUGCCCUGGCGUUUGCUGUGGGAUGUGCGUCGUCCAUCGAAUCUGGUGUUAUGCCCCAGAAUGCCGCGGCGUUCCAUGUCAGUGAUGUCGUCGCCUCUCUCGCGACGGGCACAUACUUGCUUGGAUUUGCAACUGGUUCGUUGGUGUCUGGUCCUAUGUCGGAGGUUGUUGGCCGAAAUGCCGUCUACACGGGGUCUCUCACCCUGUUCAUGAUCUUCAUUAUGGCCUCCGGACUGGCACCGAAUAUCGGCGCGCAGUUGGCCUUUCGGUUUCUCGCCGGGGUCUUUGGCUGCCCUCCGUUGACUUGCGCAGGAGGGACCAUCGCUGAUUUGUGGAAUCCUUUGGAAAAGACUCUUACGUUUCCUCUUUAUGCUAUCUUAUCGUUUGGGGGGCCUGUUCUCGGUCCAGUAAUUGCCUCCUACAUGGGCGAAGGCACGCUCUCCUGGCGGUGGACGAAUUGGAUCAUCCUAAUCCUUGCCGGCUUCAUCUUUGCAUUAAUCCUUCUGUUCCAGCCAGAAACCUACGGCCCUCUCUUACUCAAAUGGAAGGCGCGCCAUCUUCGGAACAUCACGCGUGAUCCUCGCUAUAAAUCAGCCAUGGAUCUCCAGAAAACCGCUCUGCUGUCUAGAAUCAGUCAUGCGUGCAUCCGCCAGUUUAGCCUUACCAUCCAUGAGCCUAUUAUCCUGUUGAUUUCUCUUUACAUGACUGUGAUUUACAUUGUACUGUUCACCUUCUUCGAUGGAUAUACCUACAUCUUCUCCGACAUUCAUGGUCUCUCGCAGGGCCUCACAAACAUCGUCUGGGUAGCGAUGUACGUGGGGAUCUGUCUCGCAGGCAUCUUCGUCCCGAUCAUCUACCGCUGGACGAAGCGUGAAUUCGAGCAAGCCGCCCUCUCACACUCUUCUUCUUCCUCUUCCUCGUCAUCAUCCGACGACGAACGGAUCGAUCCCAACCCGAACAAUCCACACGAACAAUCCGAACCCACCUCGGACAAGAAGGUCCACCGCCAUCACCACCACGCACCACGUCCCGAGAACCGUCUCUGGUUCUCCAUGAUCGGCAGCCCGUUCAUUCCCAUCAGCCUCUUCUGGAUGGGCUGGACGUCCUACUCGAGCGUAUCGAUCUGGUCGCCGAUCGUAGCGUCCGCCGUCUUCGGGUUCGGCACCAUCACGGUGUUCAUUUCCUCGUACAUGUACGUCAUCGACGCAUACGACAUCUACGCCGCGUCCGCACUGGGCUUCAUGACGGUGUCGCGCUACUGCGCCGCCGGAGGGAUGACGGUCGUCGGAGUGCCGUUUUACCAGAACAUGGGCGUCCACUGGACCCUGACUAUCCUGGGAGCCAUCAGCGCGCUGCUGGUCCCGGUGCCGUACGGGUUCUACCGCUGGGGCGAGAAGAUCCGGGGGUGGAGUCGCUUCGCUGUUUAA